UUGAAAUGCCUUACCGGAAGUAUCACAGUACACCCCCGGAGGUUUGACAUAGCGGCUGAACCCGCAGCAUCGCACCAAAAAACCGGCAUCUGACAACAAAAAGCAUCGGAACAAAGAAACGGAACCUUAAAUAUUCAGACAAUCUGCCCGAUAAAAAGUCUGACAUGAUGGAAAAAUCCAACAGCCAGUACGACUCCUUUCUGUUCUGGAGACAGCCAAUCCCAGAGCUGGACCUGUCUGAGCUGGAGGAUCUGGGUUUGACGGACCCUCAGUCGGUCUUCACCAAAGACAAGACGUCCAAGAAGUGGAGUCAGGAGGAUGAGGGAGAGCUGAAGGAGUUUUCCUCCUUCAACUACUGGAGAGCUCCACUCGCCGAUGUAGACGCUCUGCUGGCUGACCUCAAUCUGCUGCUCUGAAGCCCUGAUGAGCUCCACAAACUCCCGUCACUUUACCUUUGACCCCACAUGGAUCCUACUUCACCUGGUCCUGCUCUUCAAACCAUCACUGCAACUAUAGCCAAAUUUAAUAAUCCGACUUCACCCCAAAAUUGCAUUAUUAAACUCAUUUUCUACUAACUUCACUCAGCAGGUGAAGUAAUUUAUCAAACACUAAACCUGUGAGCACCAUUAGUGUGCCUAAAACAAACAUAUUUAUUCACAUUUAAGAGCAAAUGAUGAUUAAAAACAAUUUCUUUGAUCUUUCCAGAUGUAUGUCUGCAACAUUUCUUUGAAAUCCAAGGUUUUAUUCCAAAAUUAUGGUGGAAAAUUGACCAAAAAUCCAAUUCACUGAAUUAAGACUUUAAAAAGACCUUGAUUAUGCAAGUUCCUCCAACAGUUUGUUAAAGAAAUGUGUCCAUCCAUUGAAAAAAACAAGUUAAAGCCUUAAUUCUUUUUUUGUUGAAUGUGCUUUUAGGUUUAAAUGUUUAAAGCUGUGUGAGUGGUUGAUUAUUUUAAGGUUGUUUUAUUGUUGGAAAUGGCAUGUGUGAGGAUGAACACAGCAGCCCCCCCAUCCAAUGAAAUAAAACAAUUUACUGUAUAAAUCA